GUGGCGGGAUCCCCGCGGGGCCCCGUGGGGAACGGAGAGAAUUGCCAUCCCUAUUUAUUUCCCUUUUUAUUUUUAUUAAGUAAAAAUAUCCUGCACCAUUUUUUACCAAAAAGUCUAAAGCUCAUCUUUUCUGCUUCUCCACCACAAACUGAAACCUUAUCUUCCUCAUUGCUGUCGAAUCUCCUCCCUCACCAAAGCCAUGGCCGUUGUCGAUCUUCAUCAUCUUCUCUCCUUCAUUGCUGCCAAACCCCUUCCUUACCAAAGCCAUGACCCUAUCUUCGUCAUUGCUGCCGAAUCUCCUUCCUCACUAAAGCCAUGGCCGUCAGGCAUUCCAGAUCCAACAAAUCAUGAAGCAUCAAUCUUCAUCAUCUUCUCUCCUUCAUUACUGCCGAACCCCUUCCUCACCAAAGCCAUUACCCUCUCUUUCUCAUUGUUGCCGAAUCUCUUUCCUCACCACAGCCAUGGCCAUCGAGCAUUCUGGAUCUAACAAAUCAUGAAGUGUCGAUCUUCAUCAUCUUCUCUCCUUCAUUGUUGUCAAACCCCUCCCAUGGCCAUCGGACCACUUGCAUGCCAGAUUUAACAAACCAUCGUAGACCUCUUCUUUUUUUUUUUUUCUUGAUCAUUGCUUUGUUGUUUUUCCUUUUUUCUGUUCUUUCUUUGUGUUGAUGGUGAUUUCUGGUUGCAGGCAUUGAUCAAAAAGACCAAUCUGAACCCAAGAAUGAUUUGGGUUUCUCUAUAUUGGGUUGUUUGGUAGUUCAUCAUUCAUCACAUGUUUGACUCCACUUGAAGCGACUCUUUUUGAUGGGUUGAGGAUGAAGGGUUUUUUUUUUUUUUUGGUCAUUUUCCCACAUCAAUUUUCAAUUUUGGCUUGUAAAGAUACUUGCUCUGUUGUAGAACUGGAGUGGGGUUUCUUUUCCUUUCUUCCUCAUGAAAUGGGAUUUUGGGUCUUUAGUAUGUUAACUAAGAAAGAUUUGGGUUUUUUGUGGAUUUCAAAAAGGAGGAGAUUGGGGUUGUUUGUGUUUAGGCUCCUGCUUGGGUUAUGGUUGUCUCUUGUGCUUUUGAAGCCCGUUUUAGUAUGAUACAUGCUUUUUGGAAGGUAUUUUUGGCUUGAAUGCUUAAUUAGGAAAAAGGGUCUUUCUGGUAUUGUUCUGAUGAUUUGGGGCAUGCAUUUUUAGCUCCUUCUACUAUGAGGAAGUUGCCUAAGGAGUAUGUGGAGUUGGUGAAAUGUGUUCAUGAGGAUGGUGGUUAUGGCUCUAGGGGUAUGCUAAUUUUUUUUUUUUACGUCUCUUUUUCAAUGUUUUACCAGUAAGCAGUUCAGUUAUUGUUAUUUGUUUUUUAUUCUAUAUAGAUAUGGGUACAAAUGGAAAAGAGAGGAAGCAAACAAGAACUUGCUGCGGACGCAUACAACUGCUGUU